AUGUUUUUGCGUUGCCAAAAUGCCAAUGAAAACUCUCUUGGUACUUGCAUCGCUCCGCCAUCAAAGCCUAACAAUACUUGGGAUUCGUCGUACACAAAUGAACUUUUGGCCUACGCUUUUGCGGGGACAACCGCGCUGAAUCGGUAUCCUUCAGCAUUGCAGGCCCAGCUCAAGAAUGGUAUUGCUGAUACGAAAAGGGAGUUUGGAAUCACAAGCCAAAAUAUCUGUCUAGGGACAGGGGCUGCUGAUAUCAUUGACCUGAUCAUACGAACCACCUGUCGACCAGGGCAGGACGCAAUUCUGGUUCCACCCCCAACGUUUGGACUGUACCAGGUUCGAGCUGCGCUGAAUGAUAUCGAUGUGGUUUCCUCGCCUUUGGAUGCUUCGUUUAACCUGCAGGUGACCGAUGUUCACGGCAAGCUGGAGGAGAAUCCCAAUAUCAAGCUGAUCUUCCUCGCGUCUCCUGGAAACCCAACUGGGACUCUGAUUUCGUUGCAGGAUAUCCAAGCAGUGUUGGACUUUCCAGGUUUUCACGGAUAUGUGGUUGUUGAUGAAGCAUACAUCGACUACAGCAACUCUCCAGAUAAAUCAACGGCCCUGAAUCUUUUAGCAGAGUAUCAGAACAUUAUUGUUGUUCAAACCUUCAGUAAGGGCCCUGGACUCGCUGGUCUCCGCGUCGGCAUCGCCUUUUCCCACCCAGAAACAGCGAACAUGUUGGACAAAGUACAAAUGCCGUACACCAUUUCAACUCCCACAUCCAUCCUGGCACAGGCGGCUAUUUCUUCCAAUGGCAAACAGUUGCAGAAACGCCUUGUGCGAGACGUGAUCGCCAAUCGGGAGUCCUUGUCUCAAGCACUGGCAGAUCCAAACAUCACCGAGUUAGGGGUGGGAAAGCCUUUGGGUAGUGGAGAGGCCAACUUCAUUGUUCUCCCGAUUCUCAAUCGAGAGUCCCAGACUCACGAUCAGGCGCGGGCAGAGUUAGCAUCUCAAAAGCUUCAGGAAGACCAUGGAAUCUCGGUUCGGCUUAUUGGCAUGAUGACGCAUUGCGACGGUUGCUUGCGUAUUACAAUUGGGACGAAACACGAUAAUGACAAAUUUGUAGAGGGAAUUCGAAAGGUGUUGGAGGUGAUUUGA